GGUCACGUGACGGAAGGAGCUGCCGUGUCGCCGUCUGAUUGCGUCACUUCCUGGCGGCGGCGCGCGGGGAGCACCAUGCCCAAGUUUUACUGUGACUAUUGUGACACGUACCUCACCCAUGAUUCGCCCUCCGUGAGAAAAACUCACUGCAGUGGCCGAAAGCACAAAGAAAAUGUGAAAGACUACUAUCAGAAAUGGAUGGAGGAACAAGCUCAGAGCCUGAUUGAUAAAACAACGGCUGCAUUUCAGCAAGGGAAAAUUCCACCGACCCCAUUCUCAGCACCACCUCCUGGAGGAGCCAUGAUCCCACCGCCUCCCAGCAUCCCUGGCCCCCCGCGGCCUGGCAUGAUGCCGGCCCCCCACAUGGGUGGACCACCAAUGAUGCCAAUGAUGGGCCCACCCCCGCCAGGAAUGAUGCCAGUUGGACCUGCUCCAGGGAUGAGGCCCCCGAUGGGAGGACACAUGCCAAUGAUGCCAGGGCCCCCAAUGAUGAGGCCACCCUCGAGGCCCAUGAUGGUGCCAACCCGGCCGGGGAUGACCCGUCCCGACAGAUAAAGACGUGGAGCCCUCUGGUUCUUUUCAUGCUGUGCUCUUCCAUGUGCUAAAAUGCCGUAGUCCUACGUCCCAAGGGUUUUAUAUGAAAGCAGGGUGUAGAUGAGAGCUGCUCUUAUUUCAGAUUGCAGGCUGUUUGCCUUAGAUGCGCACUGGAGUGAUGCUUUUGUAACUGGUCUGGUUUUUGGUUUGUUUCCCUGUUGAAAUAAAACAUUGAAGCUGGUUUAUGUAUGGAACA